CCCAUAUAAAAUCAUCAUCUAUUAAAUAUAACUUAAUAUAGAUAUAGUUUCAUAACGAGGUAAACACUGAUUAUACAAGAUGAAGCUCAAUUUGGCGAACCCGUUCACCAAUAUGCAAAGGACUAUGGAGAUAGAUGAUGAAAAAAAGCUACUCCCAUUCUAUGAAAAACGUAUGGGAACCGAAGUACCAGGUGAUUCCCUAGGUGAAGAGUUCAAGGGAUACGUUUUCAAAAUAUCGGGUGGUAACGACAAACAGGGUUUUCCAAUGAUGCAGGGUGUUCUCACAACUAGCCGUGUUAGGUUGCUAUUAAGAAAAGGUAUGAAAUGCUAUCGCCCUAGAAGAACCGGUGAAAUGCGUCGUAAGUCAGUUCGUGGCUGCAUCGCUUCACCCGACCUCUCCAUCCUCAACCUGGUAGUUGUCAAGAGAGGACCACAGGAUAUCCCCGGACUCACCGAUGGUGAAAGGCCACGCAGAUUGGGACCUAAGCGUGCUUCUAAGAUCCGUAAACUGUUCAACCUCGGCCCACAGGAUGAUGUGCGUAAGUACGUUAUUAGACGUAAGGUCGAAGGACGCAACAAAACCAGAGCACCAAAGAUCCAGAGAUUGGUAACUCCCCAAAGAAUCCAACGUAAGCGCAGGCGCAUAGCGCUUCGCAUCAAGCGUGAGCAGACAUCGCGAGCUAACAUGAAGGCGUAUUACAAGAUGAUGGAGGAGUACAAACAGUCCAAACGCUCCAAGGGUGAAGGAUCACCAGCUGCCGCCGCAGCGUAAGCAACUCUACAAGCUGUGAUGUGUUUGUAACUAUAUAAGCAUGCCGACGGGAUAUUUACAUAUAAGUAUCAUUUCGCGACCUA